AUGGACCCUUUCGACUCAUUCGAUGAUUCAGGUGACGAUAUUUUUUUCAGGAUGAUGUAUCAUUAUUACACUACCGAUUUGCUACAACCAGACCCAACCCCACUACUAACAAUAGGUGCGAUGUUAAACAAAAAUCGCGAAGAAGGACAUGAACAUCUAUAUCGCAAUUACUUUGCAGAUAAUUGUGUAUACGAAUCGAAGGACUUCAAAAUAAGACUUCGUUUGAGUAAGAAUGUGUUCCUACGGAUCGUCAACGCCUUGGAAAGUAUGAAUUUUUUUCAAUUGAGAUAUGAUGCUAGAGGUAGACGAGGGUUUAAGGUGUUGCAGAAAUGUGUUGUGGCCAUUCGUUUGAUGGCUAUGGACGAGUCACCUGACACCAUGGACAACUAUAUGAGAAUAUCCAAAAGAACUGCAAGGGAGAGUUUGUAUACAUUGUCAAGGGGUGUUGUCGAAACAUUUGGAGAUGUGUAUUUGCGGAAACCUUCGUUGCAUGAUUUGCAAGAAUUGUAUGCGGCGCAUGAAGAACGCCAUGAGUUUCCCGGAAUGAUCGGAAGCAUUGAUUGCACACACUGGAAAUGGAAAAAUUGCCCGAUAACAUGGAAAGGGCAAUAUGCAAGUGGUCAUCACGGAUCACCUUCGUCGGUUUUAGAGGCUGUUGCUUCUCAAGAUUUAUGGAUUUGA